UAAGCAACCGCUGACGUCACCACAAAUAGCUAAGCUAGCCAGUUGUUUUGGGAGAGGAAGAAAAGGGCUACAAGCGGAAGAAACACCAGAUUUGGUUUCGGAUAGUACCCAGUUUAUGGUCCUGGUCUAGUUUUUUUUAAAUAUACGUUUUGAAUAAUGUCGACCCCGGCAAGGAGACGGCUUAUGAGAGAUUUUAAAAGACUUCAAGAAGAUCCUCCCACCGGUGUGAGUGGAGCGCCGUCAGAGAACAACAUCAUGCUUUGGAACGCUGUUAUUUUUGGGCCUGUGGGAACACCGUUUGAAGAUGGAACAUUUAAGCUUCUGAUAGAGUUUUCAGAGGAGUACCCAAACAAGCCUCCCACAGUUCGGUUUGUCUCCAGAAUGUUUCACCCAAAUGUUUACGCAGAUGGCAGUAUAUGUUUAGACAUCCUUCAGAACCGCUGGAGCCCCACAUACGAUGUGUCAUCCAUACUCACCUCCAUCCAGUCGUUGCUGGACGAGCCAAACCCCAACAGCCCGGCCAACAGUCAGGCCGCACAGCUCUAUCAGGAAAACAAGAGGGAGUACGAGAAGAGGGUGACGGCCAUCGUGGAGCAGAGCUGGGUGGACGUCUGAGCUUCUCUCGCUCUCUACUCCUUCCUCUCCAUCACCCUCUUUUCAUCAUCCCACUACUUCAGUCUUUCAUUUUUACCUCAUCAAGAAAAAAAACAGCAACUAUAUCAGAAGAACUCAAGUGCCACCCUGAAAAAAGGAAGAAUAAAUCACCCAAACCAGAAUGGACAUUAACUUUUGCUUGCCAAUAUAUUUGAGGAAAACCAGGGAGGGGAAAUCAAUCUUUUAUUUGUGUUUCUUGUCCUUAAUUUUACUUUUUUAUUGCAUGAUGUGAAAUAAGUUAUUGCUAACAGAAUUUGUAAUAUAUCUUUGUUAUUUGGUUGAACUGAUGCUGUUAGUGUUUGAGUUUUAUGGAUUUUCUUUUUCCUUUGGAAAUUUUCCUCACUUUUUGUCAUGUCUGCUGGUGUGCACACAACUUGGCUGUUUGGAAAGGGCAGGAUGAUGACCAAGUCAGCAUAUUGUGAAUGUCGUGGACGAAUAACAACCAAGAAAAGCAGCUUUCAGAGUCUAUAUCGUUGUUAUUCUUCAAGUCAGCCACAGAUGCAGCUGAUAAGGAACAAUCCCGGAUCUGUUCCAGCAUAUCUCUGUUAUUUUAAGAGACACUGUAGGUUUGGUUUCACAGACGUCACAGGCUGCAGCCCCGCCAAGUCUCUUUUGCACUGAUGAAUCAUGACUCCCCUGGCUAAGCUGCUCUGAGCUUUUAUUUUAAUCAUUUCUGCUCCAAGGUAGAAGAUGAUGUUGAAGAGGGAAUAUUAUGAGAAAGUAAAUAUUUACACCUGACGAGGUUAUCAUAGUUGACUAAAACUAUACUUAAAAAAAACUUAGGUGUGGAAAAAGAGGAUUUAAGUUACAUAAAAGUAAAAACUGGACUUCAUAUAAAAAAAGUGAUGUUCUGGAAUAUUGGCAAAAUAUAACUAAAAUAAUAAUACCAUAACUCUGACACCACGAAGGGACUGGAUGACUGUGGAAAUGCUGUUUGCAUCUGUUUCAGUGUAUGUCGAUCACUGGAGCCUCUGAGCUCUCAGCAGUGCUUGUACAAAGAGGUUGUCUUGUGGUGGUGCUAUUUUAUUUUCAUUAAGGCUCAUUCAGGCCUAACGGCAGACUCAAGUCGCAGGCAGAAACCUGAGAAGUUUGGUUUAAGACGAGUAGAAUCGGUAUGAAGUUGGCUUUCUAAUUUCGCUUGACAUAGAAACUGAAUCAUUUCAUAUCAUUUGUUUGCCUGUGACGUGGGAGCAUGAAUGAAGUGUCUGGUUUCUCUCAAAAUGACACAGCCCAUGUGUCAGUUGAACAAAAGCGUGGAGGACAAAAGCAGUGCAGUGAAAUCCAGCAUGCAGUUUGAACCCAGUUUUGACAGUGUGAUAUCAGCUGUUUUCCCAAAGGCUCAAGUUGUUUUCAUGCCUGCGUUUGUGUCCUAUUUUAUUUGUAUGUGAUAACCAAUUAAAAGACCACUUGAGUAUAAAUUCGUGACUUAACCCUGCCCAGUUCCAGCUAAAGAAUCCAUGGAAGAUGGUCAUCAUUAAACAACAGUUUCUCUUUUCUGAGACAGUUAAAGUCAUAUUGUGGCUAGUGACUUAUUUCACCUUAAAAGCAGAAGGGAUAUGUUAUAAAAUUUUGUGAAUUAAACAAAAAAUGUAUACUUAUAACAAUAUGCUGUAUAAACAUAAUAAAACACAUUUUUCAGAC